CCUCAUUUCCUGACUUGAGAUCAAAUUAUAACACAUGACUUCCACUACAUACCUCCUUCGAGUCGACCGGUAAAGAUGCAAGCUUGGCAAUACAGCUCCAUCAAGGAGACAUUAGAAAACUCCCUUAACCUCAACGAAAACGCAACGCCACCAGAUGCAUCAUCUCUCUCCAAAGACCAUGUCCUCAUCGAAGUCAUCUCAGCGGGCAUCAACCCCGUUGAAUACAAGCUGCCCGAGAUUCCCGUUUUUGGCAAAUUCAUGAUUCAGCCUAACACAACCCCAGGCUCAGACUUUUGUGGCCGAAUCCGUUCCAAAAAUGGCGCCGAUGGAUUUUCCGAGGGUCAAAUUGUCUUUGGGGCCUUGAGCAUCGGCACUAAGCUCCCGCAAUUUGGUAGUCUGGGUCAGCUCCUCGUCGCUCCGUCCUCCAACAUCGCACCGCUCCCUAUGGGCGUCGACCCUGAUGAUGCAGCUGCUAUAGGCACAGCUGGGUUGACGGCGUUUCAGUCGCUUCCGAAAGAGCUGCUGAAACCAGGGUCCAAAGUGUUUAUCAAUGGCGGAAGUGGCGGCGUUGGUUCCUUCACCAUCCAGUUCGCAAAGGCUGCCGGGGCCUAUGUGGUCGCAUCUUGUUCGACCGCAAAGGUUGAUCUUUGUAAGCGUCUCGGGGCGGACGAAGUCAUCGACUACCGCAAGCUCAACGUUGUUACCGAACUCAAGAGGAAGGGGUGUAUCUUCGAUAUCGCUGCGGAUAAUGUUGGCAGUCCAGAGGGCCUGUACGAGAGCUGCUCGCAUAUCCUCAAGUCCGAGGGAGUGUUUGUGCAGGUUGGUCGAAUUCAGGCGCAACUUGCGAAAGAUCAACCGACCAAAAAACAAGAGUUUCAGAAGUGA